AUGGACAAUUCAGGCCCUGUGAAGAGCGUUCGUGUUACUUUGGGCAAGGGCCACCGAUUGGUGACGAAUGCUUUCUCCAGCUAUGGUGCGCUGGCAGCUCGACGCCCGUGGUUGCUGAGUCUGCUAGGUGCCGUCAUUCUGGGUGCCUCCAUCUUUGGGCUCUUCAAUGCCGAGACAGAGAACAGGCUUGAGGAACUUUUUGUGAGGACGGACUCAAGGGUGGCUAAGGAGCGCGACUUCUACAACUCCAAGUAUGGCGGCUUCAUACGGAAGGAGGUGUUUUCCGUGUCGGAUCCCGCAGGAAAAGCAGCCUACUCGCGCGCCAAUCUUGCGGCCCUGGCGGCGGGCAUGGCGCCGUUCCUUUCGGAAGACGAGGCCGCAUUCAACGGCACCGUGCGCAACCCCACGCAGACGGCCAUGCUGGCAAAUGUCCAGGGAAGCAGCCGAAGGAUGAGCGAGGCCGACUUCUGUGAGCGCCCCCAGGUCCCCCCCGUCUUCGCGCCCAGCCUCCCGGGCGUCCCCUACUUUGCGCAGGGCAACUUCAUAUCGGUCGGCUACCAGUUCUUAACCACGUGCCUCCCCACCAAGACCGUUGCCGGGUCGCCCCUCAACGGGCUGCCGCUCGCGACCCUACCCACAGGCUGGGGCAUCGACCGUUUCCCGUGCACGAAAGUUAGCCCGCUGGACUGCUUCCAGGAGGGGGGGCUGGAUUACCCGGGGGCUCUCAGGCUGUUGGAGCAGCGCGGGGCGGGGCCGACUGUGCCGCUGUCGCUGGUGGACAUCGUGUUUGCGCACCCGGGCAAGGCGGCGUGCAUCCAGGACUUUGCGACCAAGGUCCAAACCGACCUGACUGCGGCCUUGGGCCCGGCAGGCGCCGCGAGGGCGACCAUCACGGCCGCGCAGGUCGCCAAAGCGCUGAACGACACCACGCUACUCUUCAGCUCAUGGGGCUACAGGUGGCGCCCCUCGUUCCGGACCAUGACGGAUGCGCAGAUCUUGGCGCACCUGAAUACUGCAUACGCCAACGGCGUCGCGGGCGUGACGGUGAGCCAGUGCAUCCAGGGCAACAGGCCGUGCUGCCUCGGCUGGGAAGCCACGCACCUGCCGCUCACCGUCGGACUCGGAGGCAUCAAGCGGAACGCGACAGGAGCGUUCGAGGAAAUCGCGAGCAUCCGUGUGGUUGCCAACAACUUCAACCCGGAGCACCCCCAGUGGAUCGACCAAAUGAACGCCAAGUUCGGCCGGGCUACCUCUGCCAAGGAGCGGCGCAGCCUGGUUGAGAACUGGGACGAACGGCUGGUUGACACGUGGAAGCCCAUGUACGAGGGGGCGCAGGGCUCGGGCUUCGCACCCGGGGAAAUUUUCAAUGGGUCCACUGUGGGCUUCACAACUUGGACUGCGGUGGAGAACGUGCUCAAGGAUGCGGGCCAUUUGGACCCGUGGACUGUUGCGCCCGCAGUCAUUCUGGUGAUCCUGUACAUCAUUGCGGCGACCAUCAACGUCUUCCGCCCCGUGCACUCCCACGUGCACCUCGGCCUCGCGGGGCUUGGUAUUAUCUCUGUGUCCAUCAUUGCGGGCGUCGGACUUACUGCCGGGUUUGGCGUGAAGCUCUCCCCCUUGGCGCAGACAGUGGCGCCUCUUCUGGCUCUUGGCAUUGGGUUCAACGACAUGUUCGUGCUGGGCAAGGCCCUCAAGAACUUCGUGCGCCAGCGCGCGGGCCGCUCCUUCGAGGACGAGAUGCGCCUCACGGUCGGCCUGGCGGGGCCCUCCGUCUGCCUUACCAUGCUCUCCAUCGCCGCCUCCUUUGGCAUCGCCGCCGCCUCGCCGUACCCUGGCGUGUCCUGGUUCUGCAUCCAGAUGUGCAUCACCAUCCUGCUGGAGCUGGUCGGCCUGCUGCUCCUCUUCGUGCCGCUCAUGGGGCUCGACGCACGGCGAGCGAAGGCUGGCAAGGUGGACCCGUUCCUGCGCUUCGUUCCGCUGCACCUCCUGGUGGGCGGCGGCCGGAACUCCGCUCCGGCGGACGCGACUCCCAAUGACGACCUGGAAGUAGCCAAGGGCGCGCUCGCCAAGCCCCCCAAGGCGGAAAUCGACGCCGGCGGUUGGAUUCCGCGCCUCGUACGAAAGACCUAUGCGCCGCUGUUUGACAGCAAGCUCUUCGCUCUCGCAGUGGUGGCGUUCGCCGCGGCCUUCUUCGUGGCGAUGGCGGUGCUGGCGUUCACGCAGUCGGAGAGCGACCUGCUGCUUACUGACGUCACGCGCCGCGGCACCUUCCAGCACGACUACGCACACAAGUCGCACGACGACUUUGAGUCCUGGGACGUCGCGUACAUCAACAAGGAGAUCGACUAUCCCGCACAGCAAGCCAACAUUCUGGGCACCAUCCAGGCAUUCCAGCGCAGCCCGUGGGUGGAACAAACACUGAAAAUCUUCGAGACGGCGUGGCUGGCCGCCAGUCCCAAGAGCGUUCUCUUCAACGCGCAAAACGCGGGCCUGGUACCCACCGCUUUUACCCCGCUCCCCGCGGCCGCCUUCUACCCGUUCUUCCAGCAAGACUACGUGCAGCGCGGGGCGCAGUCGAUCCUGCAGUCGUACCACUGCAAGAACCUGACGACGCAGACGCACGUGGAUUGUCGCCGGAUGGACGCGAACACGAGGCUCGACGCCACUGCAAUGACGAUCUACGUGAACGGCCUGACUAGCACGGACAGGUAUCGGACCGCGCUGCGCGACCUGCGCGCGAUUGCUGAUGCGCGAAGCGCGCAGUCGGGCAACACCGGGGGCUUUGUGUACGGCUACAUCGCCGUGCUGUAUGACCAGUUCGAGCACAUUGAGCGCCAGACCUUCUUCAUCGUCGGACUCACGCUCGUGGGCGUGUUUGUGACGAGCGUCCUGUUCCAGUGGAGCCUGCUGCUGUCGCUUCUGGUGACGGCGCUCCUGCUGGUGAUCGACAUCGAGUUGUACGGCUUCUUCUGGAUCAUGACCGGCAAGCUCAACGCGUUGACCCUCGUCAACCUCGCCGUCGCGGUUGGCCUAGCGACGGAGUACACGUUCCACCUGUCGCGCAACUAUUUGGUGUUUGAGGGAACCCGCCACCACCGCGUGGCCAAGGCGCUCGAGUGGACCCUCGAGCCGCUGCUCCACGGCAUGGCCGCCUUCUUCCUCGCCAUCUUUGCGCUCGCCUUCGCAAAGUACCGUGCCUUCCAGCUGUACUACUUCGGCUUCUUCGCCGUCUUGCUCGUCAUCGCCGCCUUCAACGGCUUCGUGCUCCUCCCCGUCAUUCUCCGCUUCCUCGGACCGCCCUCCAUCUUCAACAACACGGCGAGCGGUAUCGCGGCUUCGGCUCCGGCGGACACUGCCGACAAACCAGCCCACCUUGAGAUGGAGGGGGGCCGGAAGGCAGCCCCGCCGAUCGGCAGCGACCUAGAACGAUGAGCGAAAAUUGAGAAGCAGUGCCGCACCGCAGUCUCGCGCAGGCUUUAGAAAGUCAAAUUUGCAGAUUGACAAUGGGGAGAGCGAGUGGUCAAGGGGUGUCGAGGAGCAAAGGGGCAUACAACUCUAAAAGUUGUUUGUGAAGUGCCCGUCAAAAUGUAUGCUGUGGUGGAUCGACGAGGUGACCAAGAGCUUCGUGGUCAAGUGCUCACCAAGGCAGUAUUCAAUGCCGUUUCGUAGCGAGGCUCAACAGGUUCCCAAGUUAAUAAGGCUCCUCCGAGUCCCAGAUUAGCGCGGCUGCUUUGGGGUGCAACAACCUUCAGAGCGGUAAUUCAGUUUGUGAUUUCAGCUUGGUAGGUCCAGUCCAACUGUAGGUGCUUUAUACUAAUAUGUGACGAUCAGAUAACUCUUCGAAUAUAGUCAAAUGUAUGCUACGUAAUGUUGCAUUGGGCUCCUCCCUCGAUUCCUCGGUAAAGGUCAG